UCCCUCCUCCCUCCAGGAGGCGCUUAUGCAACUUCAGCGGAAGGGCUUUCGGAAGCAGCAGCAGCAGUAGCCCCGAGGCAAGCCCAGCUGGAAAGCCCGCUCUCGUCCCGACCCACAGGGAUUGUCCCAAUGGCCCUGAGAUUACCUGCCAGGAGGCUCCUGCAGUUAAGCCGCUGUGUUUUAGGCCCGUGCGAGAUCCGAACGCAGUGGACGAGCGCCGCAGCACAAAAGGAAAAAGAAGCAUCGCCCUCAAGGAAGGAAGCGAAAGUUCCCAGAGCCCAGUUUGACUGGCAAGAUGCCUUACAGCUGGAGAGUCUCCUUACACAGGAGGAAAUAAUGAUUCGGGAUUCAUUUCGCACCUAUUGCCAAGGAAAGCUGAUGCCCAGGAUCCUUAUGGCCAAUCGAAAUGAAGUCUUUCAUCGGGAAAUUGUGUCAGAAAUGGGGGAACUGGGCGUCCUAGGCCCUACCAUCAAAGGUUACGGUUGUGCAGGAACCACUUACGUGGCUUAUGGACUCCUGGCAAGAGAGACUGAGAGGGUGGACAGCAGCUACCGCUCAGUUAUGAGCGUCCAGUCAUCUUUGGUCAUGCAUCCUAUAUAUGCCUAUGGGACAGAGGAGCAAAAGCAGAAAUAUUUGCCACGCCUGGCUAAGGGAGAGUUGCUGGGCUGUUUUGGGCUUACAGAGCCUAACCAUGGGAGUGAUCCUGGCGGUAUGGAGACCCGAGCCAAGUACAACCCUUCCAGAAAGACCUACACACUCAACGGCACUAAGACCUGGAUCACUAAUUCGCCAAUGGCUGAUCUGUGUGUGGUGUGGGCUGUGUGUGAAGAUGGCAAAGUGCGGGGUUUCCUUGUGGAGCGUGGAACGAAGGGUCUCUCCACUCCCAAGAUUGAGGGCAAGUUUUCGCUGCGAGCUUCUAUCACAGGGAUGAUUGUUAUGGAGGAUGUGGAAAUCCCUGAAGAAAAUCUCCUGCCCAAAGUGUCUGGACUUGCUGGUCCCUUUGGCUGUCUGAACAAUGCUCGCUAUGGCAUCGCAUGGGGAGCCCUGGGAGCUGCUGAAUUCUGUAUGCAGACGGCCCGGCAGUACACCCUGGACAGGAUGCAGUUUAAUGUCCCACUGGCAAGAAACCAGCUCAUCCAAAAGAAGUUGGCUGACAUGCUCACUGAGAUCACCAUUGGCUUACAGGCUUGUCUACAACUGGGCCGCUUGAAAGACGAAGAUAAAGCAACUCCCGAGAUGAUCUCCAUGUUGAAACGGAAUUCCUGCGGGAAAGCGCUGGAGAUUGCCCGGCAAGCACGUGAUAUGCUGGGAGGCAAUGGAAUUGCAGACGAGUACCAUGUUAUCAGGCAUGUCAUGAACCUGGAGGCUGUCAACACCUAUGAAGGAACCCACGACAUCCAUGCGCUCAUCUUAGGCCGAGCUAUCACUGGGCUUCAGGCUUUCACUGUUGGCAACUGAACACGUUUCUCCGGGAUUCAGCUUUGCUGCUCCAGUGUAGGAAGAUCAGUGGAAAUGGUUUGACAUGUCACUGUUGAUUUAUAAGUGGAGCGUGACUGCUCUUGAUCAGGCUCUGGUCAAAUUCACCUCAGCUUACUUGUUCAUAAUUAAUUUGAAAUAAUACCAAAAUGAGAUGUUUCCAUUUGAAAUGGAGAAAAAGAAAAAAAAACUUUCUAAAUGCUGCAAUAUGUGAAAAGAGCACACUGUAAUGACUGUGGACUGUCCUUGUAUUGGGUGGCAGGCAAGAUGGGGUUGGGGUGGCAGGGAUGGUAAGCAAAGCAAACAAUGGUGUCGGGCAAUGCAAGGCUCAGAAAUUGCCAAAUAGGCUAUGGGGCAGUCUGGUAGAAUAUAUAAUUGAUUACACUUACGGAAAAGUCUUGUUAUUACAAGAUGCAACCAGAAUAAGAGCCUUGGCUUUUGUUGGAUUCUUAUCUGUGUACAUAAUUACCAUUUGUUCGUUGUUUUAAAAUUAAAAUUAAAUGAGAUUAAAAUUCCAGGGCUCAACUACUGGUUGAAUUGUUUCACUGGGGACCUACAACACAUUAAAAUGUUGUGGUUGGAAACCAGAACGUACUGUCCAUUCUGCCUUCAGCCUUCCAAUGCAGCCUUGAGCAAUCUACUGCACUUUAGUGUCCUUUCUGCCCCUGUUUGUUAAAAAAAACGACUGUGCAACUUAUUUGAACCCUUUGGAAAAAUGUUUGAGGGAUUACUGUCCUAUCUAAGCUUUUUUGAAUGUACUGUAUGUUUUUUUUUGUUUCUGAAAGAAUAAACAGAACAUAACAAA